AUUCCAUUUCAGACUAAUUGGUUAUUUUCAAGUAGCUUAGCCUUGCGGGAGGACAAGAACAAGACAGCACAUCACAAUAAAAUUCUCAUUCCUCUGCUGUCUGUCUGUCUGUCUUCAACAUUAUGAUGAUCAAUUCAACUCUACCAUCACACAACCUUAACAUGUUCCAAACUAGACAACAAUCCACCUUCACAUGCCGAUCAUCCUCUUCCAUUAAUAACCAACUCCCACCUCGUAAACCACUUUCUUCCACCAAGUUACAUCUCUCUAAUCUUGAUAAAUUUCUCCAAAAACAAUCACCAACACAACAACAACCACCAAUUCAAACCAAUGAUCCAACCACAACCAUAGUUGAGAAGAAAACAAAGAACAUUUUAGAAAAUCUUGAUCUAUCAAACUUAUGGUCAUCGGAUAAGAAAACAAUAGAUGAUCAAAUGUCACCGCAUCACCUCAAAAAUCUCCACCGUCUCCUUUUCAAAACAGCUGAGUAUUCUCCCCGUAACACGCUUGGCAGUCAUUGGAGAGAAUACCAUGGCUGCAAUGAUUGGAAAGGAAUGUUAGAUCCUCUCGACGAGAAUCUUCGUCGAGAGGUAGUUCGUUAUGGUGAAUUUGUACAAGACGCGUAUCAUUCUUUUCACUCCAACCCAGCCAUGUCAGGACAAGAUGAUCCACAAACACGCCAUGUGUCACUUACGGAUAAAUCGUAUAAAGUAACUAAAAGUUUAUAUGCCACAUCAUCAAUUGGUUUACCUAAAUGGGUUGAUGAUGUGGCUCCGGAUCUCGGAUGGAUGACCCAGAGAUCCAGCUGGAUUGGAUAUGUGGCUGUUUGCAACGACAAAAGAGAGAUUUCAAGAUUAGGAAGGAGAGAUAUUGUUAUCUCUCUCCGUGGAACCGCCACGUGUCUUGAAUGGGCCGAGAAUAUGCGAGCCCAAUUAAUAGAAACGGAAGAACAACACGGAAAAAAGGCCAAAGUCGAGUGUGGUUUCCUUAGUUUAUACAAAACAAAAGGAACCCACGUCCCGAGCUUAGGCGAAUCGGUGAUCGAAGAAGUGAAGCGACUCAUGGAAGUUUACGAAGGCGAAACACUAAGCAUAACAGUAACCGGCCACAGCCUCGGCGCAGCGUUGGCUUUAUUGGUAGCUGAUGACAUCAGCACUUGUAAUCCAAACGUGCCACCCGUGGCUGUUUUUUCCUUUGGUGGACCCAAAGUUGGUAACAAGGCUUAUGGGAACAAAAUCACUUCCCAAAACGUGAAAGUUUUGAGAAUAGUGAAUUCCCAAGAUGUGAUUACUAGAGUUCCUGGAAUGUUAUUGAGUGAAGAGUUUGAACAAAAAUUAAGAAGUUUUAACUUUGGUGGUGUAGUUGACAUGCUUGAUGAGAAAACACCAUUGGCUUACACUCAUGUGGGAUCUGAGCUACGUGUGGAUACGAAGAUGUCUCCAUUUUUGAAGCCGGAUGCUGACAUGGCAUGUUGUCAUGACUUGGAAGCUUACCUACAUUUAGUGGAUGGUUUUUUGGCUUCAAAUUGUCCUUUUAGAGCCAAUGCUAAGAGAAGCUUGGCUAGGUUAAUGCAGGAUCAAAGUUCUAAUGUAAAGAAAUUGUAUACUAGUAAGGCUAAAUCAAUGAGUGUCAAUAUUGAAAGACAAAGAUCUUUUUCAGUCUCUGGUUGUUUGCCUAGUCCAUCAUAAAUGUGAAUAAGACAAGGUUAUCUAUUCCA